GUGACCAUUGGCAGAAUACUAGGUUGAGGCUUGACUGCACUGCAACACCGCUUCUUCUCCCACUCAGCUGAGUUUAGUGGCACCAGUAGACAUUAGAUACUGAGGUGUAUGUACUGUGGAGUAGACUUUUCAAGGGAACAAGAUGGCUCUUGGAUCACCAUACCAACAUAAACUGGCAGAAAAGCUCACGAUACUAAAUGAAAGAGGCAAAGGAGUUCUGAUCCGUAUUUACAAUAUCAAAAAGACAUGUUCAGAUGUCAAGACAAAGCCCCCCUUUUUCACAGAAAAGACAAUGGAAUCAUCAAUCAAGUAUAUUAACAAGAAGUUUCCAAACAUUGAUGUGCGAAGUAGCACGCAACACCUGGGCCCAGUGCACAAAGAGAAGACAGAAAUUGUAAAAUUUCUAAGCAGCUACUAUCUAUCAUUUGUGGAUGUGAUGGAAUUUCGGGACCAUGUGUAUGAGUUGCUGAAUACGAUUGAUGCCUGUCAAUGCUACUUCCACAUUAAUAUCAACUACAACUUUACAAAGAACUACCUGGAUCUCAUUGUUACAUAUUUCUCUGUCAUUUUGUUAAUGUCCCGUAUUGAAGACAGAAAGACACUCAUAGCGCUCCAUAAUUGUGCUUAUGAAAUGCUGCAAGGUCAGAGUGAUCCAGCCUAUGCACGUCUGGCGCAGAUGCUACUGGAAUAUGACAAUCCAUUGAAAAAGCUAAGCGAAGAAUUUGGCCCACAUACCAAGACAGUUAAUGACGCUCUGAUGUCCCUGCACUUUCUGUUCUGCCGGAGAACGCAGCCUGCUGAUCAAUGGAGGGGUGCUCAGUUACUAAGCCUCCUCAGCAACCCUGCAGCUAUGAUAACCCCGUCUAGUUCUGACACGAUGACGUGUGAAUAUCUUUCUGUUGAGACCAUGGAAAAAUGGAUUUUGAUUGGUUUCCUGUUGUCACACAGUGUGCUGAACACAGUUCCCUCCAGUUUGGAAUUGUGGAAAGUGGCCCUUCAGGGUACCUAUUGUAUCACCCUAAUCCGUGAUGAUAUUCUGCUCGUUCAUCGCGUUACAGAAGAUUUCUUUGGUAGCUUGAAAGGAUACGGAAAACGCGUGGCUGAUGUGAAGGAGUGUAAGGAACACUUUAUGACACACAGUGGACAAUUUCAUCGUGCAAGGCGCUCAUUUCUUAGAAGUGCAAUCAAAGAGUUGGAGGCCAUUUUGUCGGAUGAGCCUGGACUUCUAGGUCCCAAGGCUCUCUUUGCAUUUAUGGCUUUAUCUUUUGGCCGAGAUGAAAUUAACUGGCUAGUGAGACAUUCGGAAAACAUCACCAAAACAAAGACCCCUGAAGACUACGUGGAUGUGCAUAUUGCAGAACUGAUUUUCUACAUGGAGGAGAUACGAGCUGCCCUGAGAAAACAUGUGCCCAUCAUACAGAAAUACCACAUCCAAUAUCUUGCCAAAUUUGAUGCUUUGGUUCUAAGUGAUGUCAUUCAGAAUCUGACCGUCUGUCCCGAAGAAGAGUCUGUGGUUAUGUCUUCAUUUGUGAGCACCUUGUCUGGCCUUAAUGUAAAACAAGUUGAAAAUAAGGAGACGUUUAAUUUUCGAGCUCUGAGACUUGAUUGGUUCCGGUUACAGGCGUAUACCAGUGUAUCUAAAGCACCCCUGUCUCUGCGGGAUAACCCUGAUCUAGGGAAAGUGAUGAAUCUGAUCACGUUUCACAGCUUGAUGCUGGAUUCCAUAGAGGAGCUUAUAGAAGAGACCUCUGACCUCUCCAUUUUCUGUUUUCAUGUACGGAUAUUUGAGAAGAUGUUUUCAUCGACAAUAGAGGAGCCUUCAGCGUUGCGUUAUUCAAUUGCAUUUCCAAUGGUCUGUUCUCAUUUCUCCAGCUGCAUUCAUGAAAUGUGUCCAGAGGAGUACCCACAUCUGAAGAACUGCAGCCUGGUAUUGUGCGAAAAACUCUUGAACGAGAUCAGCAAGCAAGUCAGUAACUGUGUGAUGGACAUAUGUGCAGAGCAGUACAACCUCAACGAGAAGCUACUUCCAAAGCAUUGUGCUGCCACAAUUAGCAAAGCCAGAAAAAAGAAGCUGAAAAAACCUCCAUCUAAGAAAGGCGAACUUGAAAAGGAAAAGCCUGGUGCAGAGAGCCUGAGAAAAGAUCGCACUGUGACCACAAACAUGGACAAGCUACACCUGACACUCUGUGAGCUCUCCAGGGCUUUGAACCACGUAAAGAGCAUCACAGUUUUCCAACAUGUGGUUACUCCUGCCGAAUACCUGAGCUCCCACCUGGAGACCAAAUUCAGCCGGGCCUUGGUCUGGAUGGUGAACUGGAAUCCAACUACAAAAGAGAUUCAUCGCCCAUCUGAAGUUCUGCAGGGAAUGCGUUCUUACCUCUCAUGUCUGCAGUCCAUUGGACACUUGAUAAACAUAGAUGUGACCCGGACAAUACGUAGUACUUUAUUGCAGCAAACACAACCAAAUGAUGCUGGUGGGGAACAAACCAUGACAUCACUAUACACCAACUGGUACUUGGAAUGUCUCCUUCGCCAAGCAAGCACUGGGUUAAUUGUGUAUUCACCAACAAUGAAAUCCUUUGUGGACCUGCCUAGAGAAAUGACGGGAGAACAAGGACUCAAUGCUGAGGAAUAUUCAGAUUUUUCAGAGAUGAAAGCUUUGGCAGAGUUGAUUGGGCCGUAUGGGAUAAAGUUUCUGAGUGAGAACCUCAUGUGGCACGUAACCUCACAAGUCGUCGAGGUGAAGAAACUGGUGAUGGAAAAUAUGGAUGUUUUGGUUCAAAUCCGAUCCAACUUCAAUAACAUGGAUCUCAUGCCAUCUCUCCUCGCCAAGCUGACAUCUGCAGAUAAUCUGUUGAAGAGGAUGACUAUUAUUGGGGUAAUCUUAUCUUUCCGUUCUUUGGUCCAGGAAGGUCUCAGAGAGGUAUUCAGUAAUCAUUGCCCUUAUAUGAUGGGAUCCAUCGAAUUCCUGAAGGAUUUGGUUACUCCUGACAUCGAUAUCCAGGUGACUCUUAGUAUCUUUGAGUUGGCAGCCUCAGCAGGCAUGCCAUGUGAUGUUGACCCCAGCCUGGUGGCUGCUCUAUCAAACAUGAAAACAGACUGCUCAUCUCUAGAGGAAGAGUACAAGGUAGCCUGUCUGCUUCAGGUGUUUCUGGCUGUUUCCUUUCCAUUGUUGGCAUCUGAUCCCUUGUCCUUUUACAACAUUGAAAAUGAUGGUUAUAAUAACAAUAUCCACUGCCUAGCAAAAGCCAUAAUUCAAGUAUCGGCUGCCUUGUUCACUAUUUACAGUAAGAACAUAGAGACACACCUCAAGGAAUUUUUGCUGAUCUCAUCGGGGAGUCUUCUGCAUCUUGGGGAAGAGUCAGAAAAAGUAAAAGCCAGGAACAGAGAGUCCGUCUUGCUUCUGCUGCAGCUUAUUGUGGAAGAGUCUUCGUUUCUCACUAUAGAUAUGCUUGAGUCCUGCUUCCCUUAUGUACUACUGCGAAACGCGUACCACGAAGUCCACCGUACACGUGGAAUCAUGACAACAGCCUGAUUCCAACUCCCAGUGCUUUUCCUGUUACAGAGGUACUGUAAUUCUCAUUAGAGGACUGGGCAUUUUGCUUUUCUGUGUUAUAUUGUAAAAUAUCAUAUACUCA